AUGGGCCAGAAAGCGCAGCAGAUCUUGCAGAUGCAGCGGCUAUUCGUGGCGGAUGCGACCAAUGUGGCCGUUGCGCUGGCUGGGCUGGUCAGACGCUGCAGCUGCGGUGCCGGACUUGGCUUCUACCGCAGAUGCUGCGGCCGUGGUGACGGAUGCGCCGAGCUGCAGCGGCGUCGCCGCAGCCGGCAGCUGCAGCGGUCUUCGUGGCAAAUGCGCCGGAUGCGGCAGCUGCUGCGGUCUUUGCGUGGCGCCUCCAACUUCGUGCCGCGGGGCAGUGCCCAGGCGGCGGCGCGCUUCGCGCGCCAGCCAUGCCAGCGCCUGCAUGUGGCCACCACGCUGCGGCGCGGGGAGCGGCUCAGCCCGCGGGCGCCCAAGUUCUACCGGCCCUCCUCCGCGCAGGUGAACUUCCGCCGAACUCCGGUGGGGAAUCUCCAGAUUGUCUACCCCCCCACUCCGGAGGUCCUCACCCUGGCGAGGAAGUUCACUGAGGAGGAGGAAGUGGAAGCUGAGGUGUCCCCGGAGUUGCAAGCGAUCAGCCAGGAGGAAGCCCAGGAGGUGUCUCCCAAGGAGACCGCCAGCCCUGGGGCCGGUGGAGUGCUGGAUCUUCAGGAUCAUCUGCGCGACAUUUGGUUGAUGUACCACCCCCAGGAGGACACGGAAGAAGCCGACGAGAAAGACAAAGCGCUUUUGCUGGCUCUGCACGGUCCGGAUGAGGAAGACAAGGAAGAAGCUUUGUUGAAUGAGAUGAAGCUUCUCAAGACUGGAGAGGACUCCGAAGUGCGCACAAUCCAAAGCGGUGCCGUGGAGACCGUAACUACAAGUCCGGCUAAAGAAUGCAGAUUGAAGGAUUUAGGGGAUGCCGGCGAUGCUGCGACAUGA